AUGGCACGAAAUUAUCAUCGAAUAGAAAGGACAAAUGGUAAACGACAAUCAAACACCAUGUUGGUUUCGCUUAGUGGGCAACAACAAGAUGAACGUCGAUUAUCCAUCAUGUCACAAAUAUCUUUGCCACAUGGUGCUGAAUAUCAUCCACAGCGGCGAUUACCACCCAAUGGUAUUGAAUCACGGCAACAGAUUUUGCUGAGAAAUAUUCCUACAAUGAUCGAACAUAAUCCUAAACAGGUUCAUGGUAAAUCAAUCAAAAAACCAAAACGAUCCGAAAAUCGGUUCUUACAUUAUCUAUGCUUUACAGUCGAUAAUGGAGCAAAAUAG